AUGCUGUUUGUCGAUUUUCUGGCUGUUGGGGUCAUCCUUUCCUCCAUUUACUACUUUGUCGCAAAAAAGUUUCUUCUCAAGGGCAUUUAUCGGGAAUCUGCAUCCGUUGGUUCAUUUCAAAAUCAAUUGGAAUGGAAAUAUUGCUUUGAUAUUCAUUGCAACUCUUUCUUUCCUGUCUUUGUACUUUUAUACAUUCUCCAGUUGAUCCUUUUACCCAUUAUCAGCGGCUCAAAUUUUGUUUCUCUAUUUUUAGGAAACUCGCUUUAUUUAGUUGCCCUUUGCUACUAUACCUAUUUAACUUUUAUCGGAUAUCAAACUUUACCCUUUCUAAAGGAUACACACACUCUGUUGAUUCCUAUACCCAUGUUUCUCAUUAUGUGGGCUUUGUCACUCUUGGGUUACAACGUUCCUCAACACAUUAUUUCUGUGUAUUUCAGAAAUGAUGCUUAA